AUGGGUUGGUCUGAAUCAGGGAGAGGAUGCAAGAAGCACCAGCUGUUUGGAGGCGACGACAUGAUGAUGAAGCAAUAUUCAUCGCCAGGUGUUUGUUCAUCUUGUCUUAGUGAGAGGCUCUCUGAGCUCUAUGCCCCCUCCUCAACUUUCUUCAGUGAGAGACUUGCUCGUACUGUUUCUUCUCCCCGUAAUCAAUCUAAUUCCUCGUCUUCUUCUGUUUCCUCCUCCGCGGGCUCUCCUCCUGUUAAAAAUUAUUAUUAUUCUACAAGCUUCAGCGGCCGAGGCCCUCAGCGUCAUCAUCGGCGUCAUGCUUCGGAAAUAUUGGGUUCGGUUUCUUUCAUGACAAGGAGUAGCACGAGUACUGGUGGUGGGUAUGGCCGCGGCGGCCAUGAUGAUUAUGAUGAUGGGGUGAUGAAGAAGAGCAGAUCGGUUGUUUCGAAGACAAAUCAUCAUCGUUUCGGAGAUCAGAAGGCUAGUAGUGGUGGUGGGAAGCAGAAGAAGAAAAAAAGAGGGUUUUGGUCGAAGCUGCUUCGGACAACGGGGAGCAAAACCAAGGAGGUUUUGAAGCACUAA